UUCAGAUGCAGAUAGUAUUAUUCAAGUGCUUCGGAGUAGCUCCACCAGUUAGUAUAAGCAACAAAGCUAGGGUGAUAUUGUGACUGCCGAUACGAUAGAAAUAGCCGCUUAGUGCUCUAGAAAAUAGUGCAUUGUAGAUACGGAGUGCUCAUAAUGUUAGAUAAACUUGUAGAAAUCCCAGUGGCUGACUGGCCAGCAUUACGGGAUCUAUACAAAGAAGAUUGGCCUAGGAACCAUGUGGGUUACUAUACCCUAGAUAAUUUCAUCCGAUGGGUCAACUUAGAUCCAAAUAUUAAACAUCUCAAAGUGUUAUCAUUGAACGGUGAUUGGAGUGACGGAACAUUUGUUAUUAUUGAUAGGUACCAACUGUUCCUCAAUUCUCUGAAUCCCUCCAACGAGAAACUUAGAACAGCUUUGAAUCUCUUAGAUUGGACCAAUGGUUACAAAGUUAGCUCCUUCCUACAAAGGCACCGUCCUGCUGUGCUGGAUGUUGUAGAAUCGAAAAAGCUGGAAAAGGAAUACGAUAGUCUAACAGUUCUGUAUUACCUACCGCGAGCUGAUGCUAAAAAGUUUGAUAUAAGUUGCCCAGAUGACCUUACAUUAAGACCCAUGGUCGAGGAAGAUGCAAAAACAGCAGAUGAUGUAUGGCCCAAUAAGCAUGAAGGAUCUUGGUUCUUCUUGAAAAGACUCAUUAACUGGAACCCGAAUAUUGGUGUCUAUACAAAGCAAGGCGAAUUGGUUGCAUGGAGUUUUCGAUUACAGGCAGGUUUCCUGGGAGCCCUUCAAGUAAAAGAUUCCUAUAAAAGGCGAGGACUUGGGAGUUUAGUUGUAAAGGUAAUGGCUAAAAAACUAGCGGCUAUGGGUCAUGAUACGACUGCAUUAGUUGGUGAAGCUAACUUGCCGUCGAGAAAGCUGUUUGAAAGUUUAGGAUUCAAAUUAUUGGAUACAGCUUAUUGGCUUAGGACGUUUCCUCUAAACGAUUUUCAUUGGGUAGAUGAGUGAAUAGUGUACAAAUACAUAUUAGUUCCAGAUAUUCGCUCUUUAUAUCGGAUUGGAUGUUACAAAUAAGACAAUAAACCGUGUUUUUUUUUUU